CUGUUAUUAAGGGAUCAAGUGCCAGCAUGCUAUGGCUCAUAGACAGCAUCAUCACCCUCUACUUGAAAUUUUCAAACAUGGAUAUGAAACUCGGACUAAAGAGAAACAGAUUUCCCAACGUCUUGUUCUGGAACAUGGACAAAAACGGGUCAGGGUCAAACGGCAAAGGUCGUAUAAUCUCAUGCUUGACUCUGCCUGCAAACAUUUCCGAAACAUUUCGAGAGAUGUGGUCAUAUUUCAGACCAGUCAACUCGAUGUUUGCGAUGGCUACUACGUGGAUAUCACGGCUGAGAUAUGGUUCGAUGUCAUUGACUUGCUUAAUGUCGUUGAAGUGGCUCGGCGCGCGGAAAUGACGUUGCCCGUCCCACUGCCGCUUGAUGCUUCGGCUAUUUCAUUGCCUGACAAUCAAUCGGCGCUAAGUCAGGUUAACGAACAGGACAGCUUCAGGAACGAUGACAAAGUCACAAUCAUACUUGUUUUUCCAUCUGGCGAGAUCCAGACUGCUAAAAUCCCGAGGAAGAUGAAGGUGGACGAACUUAUUGCUGACGCUAGUCAGAAAUUGGGACAUCAUCCCAUUGGUGUCAGGGCAGUCUUGAGUAGGGUUUCCGAACAGCGCUUGGAUCGGGUAACGAUGCUAGGAACCUAGUGGGUCGGAUCGUACCAUGUCAAGGAUGGUGACUGCGUCAAUUUUGAAGUCUGUGAUGAUGAGUUGCGCUGUAAAAAAACCAGUCAUUUAUCUAUACUCGCCCUCCGACAUCGAUAUUUCCGUCAAGCUUUCCCUCAUUCCUGGGUGAAGCCUCUCUGUCAUCCAUCCUGUUGUUGCCAUAGAAGAGCA